UCUGACCGUCUCUUUGCAUUUGGACUUUGGCACUUUGGAGUUGAAAACCUUUUGUGAAGAAAACUCUUGGAGUUUGAAGAUGGCCCUCAGCAGACCACUGAUGGAGGAGCAGCAGCUGAUGGGAGUCGCCUGUGAGUUGGACAACAACAGGCCAGGUGGUGUGAACUACAUCAUCGAGCGUCCUGCACAAGAUGGCCUCCCUGAAGUCAUCAGGAACGUCGACGACGAUGACGGUAAUCUCCCUAUCCUCAUCUCUCCUUAUGAGGAAGAGGUAGGUGAGGUUGAGAUUGCUGUUGAUGAAGGUGAGGUUGAGCUUUCUGCUUUUCUUGAGGACGUAGCUCAGUUACUGCUCCUCGCUGACAGUGAGGGCGACAAGGAGGAGGAAGAGGAAGGUCAAGUUGAGGUUGAUGUUCUGGAUGAAGGUGAGUUCAUUUCCCAAUUCCCCUUUGAGGAUUCGGAUUCGGAUUCGGAUUCGGAUUCGGAUGAUGAUGAGGAUGAGGAUGAGGAUGAGGAUGAGGAUGAGGACGAGGAUGAGGAUGAGGACGAGGAUGAGGACGAGGAUGAGGACGACGAAGACGAAGACGCCUGGUCUAACUGGGAGAGCAGCGAUUCCGGGUACAGCUCCAUGUGCGAGGAAGAUGAGGAAGAUGAGGAAGAAGAGGAAGAAGAGGAAGUAGAGGAAGAAGAGGAAGAAGAGGAUGAAGAGGACUCUGAAGAUGAUGAUGAUGAUGGCAACAUCAGACCUCGCUCCCCUCUCGCCCAGCAGCUCCCACCUCAGAGCGCUUGGCAGGGAUUUCGACAGAGAUUGGAUUUCUCCCUCUCUCCUCUUCCUUUCGGUAUUCUUCCUGCGCAGCAAGUGGAACGUCCCGAAGAAGGUCGACCCUCCGUCUGUCCAAGGUCACAAGAGUCUGCUUCCUCGACCUCAGGCCUCAGCUGCUCCACAAAGAGGAGCUGGGAAGAGGGCUGCACAGAGAAGGGAGAUGUGAAGAGGCAGCGCCAGUGUGAGGACACUUCAGGCCUCGGAACCUCUACUACCCGGAGCAGGGAAGAGGACUACAGGUACGGCUUCAGGAGAUACUGGCAGCCCUCGCCUGAUGACAGCGACUCAGAUUCAGACUGAGUCCUGUUUGCUGCAGGAUGUUAAAACCUUUGCCUCUGGCAGGACUGAUAAAGCCCCAAGGCAGCCUUCCCACAUGUCUGGCGGGGUUGGCCAUAGGUUGCAUCUUGCAGAGCUUUUUUAUAUUGAUUUUCAUUUUGAGUAACAGUUGGUGAUGCUGGAUACUGAUACCAGAGGUGAGUUAACUUCUGGUUAAUGGUUGUUAUUCUGUUAUGUAUUUUUCUUUUUAACGUAUAAGUGGCUGUACCAGACAAAGGUAAGUCAACACUUAAUGACAGCAUUAACACAAGUCUCCUGAAAGUCUCAGCAGUAAUUCAAAGAUUGUUUAUUUUACUAACUCUCUAUCUUUUUGUUUUUUAAUUAGGUGUCAGGUGGCGGUACCAGACAGACGUAAAGUAGUAACUACUAACAAUGAGUAAAGUCUUCAAGUCUCUUUCAGGACCAGAUGAGAAGGAUGGAGGACUACAGGACCAGAUGAGAAGGAUGGAAGACUACAGGACCAGAUGAGAAGGAUGGAGGAAAACAGGACCAGAUGAGAAGGAAGGAAGACUACAGGACCAGAUGAGAAGGAUGGAGGAAUACAGGACCAGAUGGAGAGCGGCGUCGCCUUUAUUUCAGUGAACUCAAGGGCAGGACUCCUCUGUGUUUUUGGCCUCCUGGGGCAGCUGAGAGUGGACGACAACCAACCAAUCAGACCCCAGGAAGACCGAGCAGCACCACAGCGGACCACUGAACCACUCUCAGCACCCUAAUGAGUCCCCCCCCCCGCCCAACCGCCGACACCACCCGCUCCACCCACCAGCCAGGACGAUGAGGACCGUCCCCUCCCGACCAGCACAGAGGACGUGUUGUUUCUAUAUGCUUCUUCUGUGCUGAUGGGCUGGGGGAGCUCCUCACAAGCGUGCAACCUAAAUCAGAAAUCUGACAAUGUAUGACAUCUUAAAAAACAAAAAAAAAUAUUAUAAUCAGUAUGAUUUAGUGUGUUUUGGAUUUUAACCUCAUUUGACUCAUAGGCAUUACUGUUAUUAAUAAUGUUGUUAGUAAUACUCAUAUGUAUAUGUACAUAUUACAUGUUGAUUUAAAUAAAAAGGAGCGCUAUCGCAGGUCCUUCCUUCCUGCAGCUGUCAGACUCCACAACCA